UAGCUAGCUAGUGCUGUAGGGUGUAGUGUAGUAGAGCCGCUAAGUAUGCAGCAGAAAUCACGAGAUUGAAGUCUGAAGAACUCCACUUUCCCGUUGCAGAAUUAGAAGUCACUUGUUUACCCACACAACUGCUUUGGCCUGUUGAGGGAGGCCGUGGUGGUGCGACUUGCUGGCUGGACGACGUUCGGUGAAACGUCGUUGGCUGCAACCGCGAAGCUAGUAGGAUUGAGUCCGAGUUCUCUUUUGCCAGUUGUCAUGGUUGUGUAAUGUCGAGUCGCCUACCUAACCUAGCCGUUGUGCGUAUUCACCACUCCAGUGACAGGAUGCGAGCAAAAGUUACUAACUGACUAGCUCGUUAGGCAAACGUACUACUAGGUAUUACAAUUAUUAUGCACUUGUUUCGCUUUUAGUAAGUUUUAGUAAUUAUUUGGGCACUCGCUAACAGUACCAACACUGGAGCUGCAAAAACUUGAUAAUGAAGCGAAAUACCUGACAAGCGCGUCCUCCCGGCCAGAGUGCGUGCUGAGUGCUCGCAUUUCGCGGAGUACAUGACUCGACAGACAGUCGAGUCCAUGCCGUAGGACUGGGUGUGUGCUGGUGUUGAAAUGGAGGCUGGCGGUGGCAAUGACUCGGCUGGUCCAGUGUUGGAUUUGAGUCACCUUCAGGAAAAUGAGCGGGCGAUCAUUCUGUCCGUACUACGUCGUGAUGAGGAACUUCGCAAUGAAGUAGAGGCCAAAGUCAGGGCAACGGCAGAACGGGUCAAGGAGUCGGGUGCAAAGAUUGCAUCCCGGCGAAGUGUUCGCGUUAAAGGAAGGCCAGGUACUCGACAGCGUGAGUGUGGCGUAUGUGGCGCCGGAGAGGGUGGUGCUUCGACGAGCAAGCUGCAGAACUGCUGCCAGUGCAAGACGCUGGUGUGUGCAGGAUGUCGUGAGGUGCUGGGAAAGAAGACCGCCGGUAACUGCCUCUGCGUUGGAUGUGCAUCGGCAAAGAAGAUGAGGUUCCUCAGCGGAGAGUGGCUAUUCGGUAGCUCUCCCUCUGCUGAGCAGAAGAAGCAAGACACGUUUGGCAGUGGUCUGAUACGCAAGUCCAUCUAUCGCACCAAACCGAAAAAGCCGAGAAAAGACUAUGAGCCUUCACUUUGGUCACCUGCUGAAUAUAGCAUGGGUGAGAUUCCUAAACCGUCUGAAGAAGCAUUACCAGAGGGCGGUGAGCCCUCAAAGCGGACAGCGCCAGCAGUUCAGGUACAGCAAGCAGAGCACACGGACCCGCCAAUAAACGGGGAAUUCCCCAAGCAGCUAGAGCCAGCGAAACAGUCAGAACCGUCAGCGGAGGUUGAACGGCCAAAUCACGGUGGAGAAGAAGAGCAGCCAGCGUCCGCACCUAUUCCGCCAGAAUUCCACAGUGAACGCUGUAAUGCAGAAUCCCACAGUGAACGCUGUAAUGCAGAAUCCCACAGUGAACGCUGUAAUGCAGAAUCCCACAGUGAACGCUGUAAUGCAGAAUCCCACAGUGAACGCUGUAAUGCAGAAUCCCACAGUGAACGCUGUAAUGCAGAAUCCCACAGUGAACGCUGUAAUGCAGAAUCCCACAGUGAACGCUGUAAUGCAGAAUCCCACAGUGAACGCUGUAAUGCAGCAGCUGUUACUAUACAGUCCUGCUGGAGAGCUGUUAGACUGGGGCGUGAACAGCGGGCACAGUACAUGAAGACAUGGAGCGCCGCAAGACUCAUCCAGCAGUGGUGUCGAGUCAGGCAGUGUCGUCGUGAUUUCCUGAGACGCAGAUCAGCAGCCCGAUGCCUGCAGUCCCAGUGGAGAGCGUUCAACGCUGGCAAGGAUGAGCGGUUACGCUACCAGAAACAGAGAUGUGCCUGCAUUGCCAUUCAAGCACAAACACGCGGCUUGCUACAACGUCAUGACUAUGCCAGGAAACGCUACGCUGCCAUCUGCAUUCAGCAGCGCUGGAGAGCACGCGUUCAGGGUCAGUCUUGCCGUGCAGAGUUUGAACGCAAGCGCAACGCCUGCAGAACACUACAACAGCACUGGAUAGCUCACAGAGCAAUGAUUGUGGAACGGAGGAAGUUCUUGAAACAGCAGACUGCAUGCAUCACACUACAGCGAUCCUGGAGGAACUACAAACGCAAGUGUCUGGUGAAAGCUAUGUCCAGGAAGAAGACUACACUGGAAAGCUGCGAGCAAAGUCUAACAGUACCUAAGCAGGGAGAUAGAAGAAAGCUGUCAUCAAGGCGACGACUACCGGCAAAGAAACUCGGACGGGAGCUUGACGCCGACAACAGUAACCAUGGCAACACUGACCCUGCACAACCUGGCGAGCAGCAUCGGAAAUCUCGACUGAGUACAAGCAGACGACGUCAUUACCAAGACACCGGUGGUGAUGUCAUGGAGGAGCCACAGGAACCUAUGAUGUCACCUAACCAGCAUGAGCAGUUGUCACAUGAUCUGGAGCAACAUAGUGAAGAUGUACUGGGACAUACUGAAACUGGCGAAGGGCAACACGCAGGGGUAUCGUUGAUGGCGGAGCUACAACAAGCCAAUGCUAUUCAGUCAUCUGAUCCUGUUUUACUCGAUGAUGUAGAACAGCUAAAGAAAGAAUCCGCUGCAGUGACUGUCAUACAAGCUCAGUGGAAAGCCAAGAAAGCCCGAGAUAGACAGCGAGACACGUACCUGAUGUUGAAACGCUCAUCAACUGUAAUACAAUGGUGGUAUCGAUCAUGGAUAAUAGCUAGGCAGUGCCGUCGUGAUUUCCUGAGACGCAGAUCAGCGGCCCGAUGCCUGCAGUCCCAGUGGAGAGCGUUCAACACUGGCAAGGAUGAGCGGUUACGCUACCAGAAACAGAGAUAUGCCUGCAUUGCCAUUCAAGCACAGACACGCGGCUUGCUACAACGUCAUGACUAUGCCAGGAAACGCUACGCUGCCAUCUGCAUUCAGCAGCACUGGAGGGCACGCGUCCAGGGUCAGUCUUGCCGUGCUGAGUUUGAAUGCAAGCGCAACGCCUGCAGAACACUACAACAGCAUUGGAGAGCUCACAGAGCAAUGAUUGUGGAACGGAACAAGUUCUUGAAACAGCAGACUGCAUGCAUCACACUACAGCGGUCCUGGAGGAACUACAAGCGCAACUGCAUCCUGAAGAAGCGAGCUGACAAGAAGAAGAGGAAGCGGGCAGCCCAGGCGGAGGGUGCCGGUUUGUCCACACCAUCACGUUCACUGCAUCGUUCUGGUCGUGUACUACGUAGUAAUCAGCGCCGAGGUACUGGUAAAUAUCACAAGGAUCACGACGAAGUGGAUACUGCUGUUGUGAAUGAUGAUGAUGGUGGUGGGCCCGCUGGCAAUGGUGCAGAUGACAAAGCUUCUGAGGAGACUGAUGGAAGCAUGACUGUGCCGGAUGGUGGCAGCGUUUCCACGUUUGUCGUCGAGGACGUCAUGGCUCCUGCAGUUGCACACCUGGUUGAGGAAGUUGGCUCGGCUGCUAUUCAAGCCACCUUGCCCCUUGUGGCUGCCGAGAACUCUACAACCACCCAGAACACACACAGUGGAGAUGGAGAAGACGACGAACAUCUGCAACCCAGGAGAAGAGACAGACGCAAGGUGACGACAUCAAGACGCCGCCCUGACAAGCAGGCUGAGAGUUCUCCAAGCACUGCUGCUGCAGCAGGCGACGCAGAGAGCGAACAAUUUGCGACUAUGCCGCAGUCCAGGAACAGGAAACAUUUGAGUGUAAGCAGACGCCAUCGAGGUCACACGGGUGAUGAGUCGCCUGCGGAUGAUUUACCGCCUGCCGACGAUAGCUCAACCAGAGAACAAGUUUCAGUAACUCUAGCAAAGAAUGCGCACACACCAUCAGCAAGUCAAGAUCAAGAUCAAGAUGAGUUAUCUUCCAAACCCAGUAGCAAUAGUCCAGAUGAAAGUCUAGGUCAGCGGCGCAGAGGAACGAGAGCAGAUAGAGAUCGGCGGAAAUUGGCAACUAGCCGAAGACGACGAAAUGCUGAUCCCGUGGAACAAGGCAAUACAGAGCAGACAGAAUCCCAGCUUCAACGUGACAAUGCUGAUGAAAGCCAACAGACAGAGGCUGCAGCGGACGAGGACGCCAGGAGGGCUCAGUACUCUGCGGCAACUAUCGUACAGCGGAACUGGCGAAUGGCCCGUGCGCGACGGAACUACAAACAAGCAAAGUGUGCAGCAAUCACCAUACAGGCACAAUGGCGUGCCCACUUACUGCAGCGCGAGAUGUCAAGCAACUACCAAGUGCUGCGCAAAGCAGUGAUAGCGGUGCAGGCGUUCUGGCGGUGUAAGAAAGCCAGGGAUGCUUACCUCAACCUACAGCAGGUCACCAUGGCAAUGCAGCACCGUCGACGUCAGCUCAAACUGGCAAGAAGCGAUCGAAGUCAGUACGUGAAGCAGCGAACUGCCUGCAUCACAAUCCAACAGCAUUGGAAAGCCUGCAAGGUUGGCCACACACAGCAUGUAGAGUACCAGCAAGUAUUGAAGGCAUGUCGUGUGGUACAAGCACACUGGCAGGCUACUUUGCUAGCUCGUAGAGACAAGCAGUGCUAUGUUGAACUACGAAAGGCAGCAGUCGUGUGUCAGCAAUACGUCCGCGGCAAACAACUGGCAAAGAGAACGCAGGUGCAGUAUCUGACCCAGCGCAACGCCUGUAUCUGCCUGCAACGCCAUCUCACAGCCACGCUAGCCUCUCGCACACAGAGGCACCACUACUUGCAGGAGCGACAGGCAGUAGUUCAUGCCCAGCAGCGAGCUCGGGCUACCAUCACAGCACGUCAUCAACGUCAAGUGUUCCAGCAGCAGAAGACGGCGGCUACUCGACUGCAGGUACGAUGGAGAGCAACUCUCCUGGCUAAGCACGACCAACAGGAGUACAACAAAAAACGUCAAGCGUGUGUCCUGUUGCAGUCACACAUCCGCCGACAUCUUCAGCAGAAAUCUUUCCAAGCAGAACGACAGCUGGUUGCCAGGCAAUGCCAGCGUGAUGCUGAGCUUGUCGCGCGGCAAGAGUCAGCAGCACUGACUAUUCAGUCCUGGUGGAGAAUGGUGCAGGCGCUCUCUGAUUACAAACACCAGUACAAAUCCGUGGUGCUGCUGCAGAGCUUGGCAAGACGGCAAGUAUGUCUCAGAGCGUACCAACAUCAGCGGACGCUGCUUGUCAGGUUGCAGCAUCGCCGCAGAGCCACUGUCGAGAUGAGGGCAUGCAUGCGUCAGUAUCAAACAACACGCAGGCAUUGCAUUCACCUGCAAGCUGUCACCCGUGGCUGGAUAGUGCGUCGCCGACAUGCUAAGGAAUGCCAGGCUGCUCUCCGCAUCCAGGCAGCGUGGCGUGGAGCGAAGCCCAGAAAACAGUACAACAGAGUGCGAUGUGCUACACGAUGCAUGCAGAAGCAGUGGCGUCGACGCCAGCUGCUGAAGAGCCUGAGCGAUCGGGAGCUUGCAAUGCUGACCAGUGCAAGUAAAGUGUUACAGACACGAUGGCGAGGAUACUGGACACGCAAACACUACAAACGUAUGCAACAAUCCGUCGUUCAGCUGCAAUCCUGGUGGCGAUGCCAGUACCACUCACAGCGCUAUCGGAGACUCCACAAAGCCGUAGUUCUGAUACAGUCACACAUCCGUAUGUACAAACAGUCGAAGGCCUAUCGGCAACAGAAGCAUUGCGCCAGUACCGUGCAAGCUCAUUGGCGUGCAUACAAAGCAGGUACUCGACAGCAUGCGUUGUACACCAGAACACGACUAGCGUGUGUGAAGAUCCAGGCCGCGUACCGCGGGCAUGCAGUACGUCAGAGGAACGUGCGUGAGAACAAAUGCGCUACCGUCAUCCAAUCGGCAUUCAGAUGUCACCAACAGCAACGGCAAUACCAGUCUACGAGACAACACAUCAUUGCCAUGCAGGCAUGCAUACGUGCCUGCUUGGUCCGUCGCAGAGCUGCCCAGCGCAAGACCUCUAUUGUUGCACUACAGUCUUGUUGUCGUGGCUACCUGUCGCGGAAACGCCUGUCCAAUCAGCAUCGUGCCGCUACUCUGUUGCAGUCGUCAUGGAGACGGCGUGUGACUCAGCAGCGGUACUGUGCACAGCGUCGUGCCACCGUGCGUCUACAAGCGAUCGUCAGGGGAUACAUUCAGCGCGUGCGGACUGCGGCACUGAGGAGACAGCGGUGCAGUGCAGCAGUGCGUAUCCAGUCCUAUUGGCGAGGUCAUCACACCACAGUUCAGUACAGGCAGCAGCGUGACACGAUUGUGUUGCUACAGUCCGUGUGCAGAGGUUAUCUAGUCAGAAUGGCUAUGGUGCAGCAGUGCGCACGGCGUGUGAAAGCGGCUACCUGUCUGCAGUCGGUAUGGCGCGGUCACACUGCACGUAAAGCUUAUCACAGUCAGCGCAGGUCUGUUCUUGUUCUGCAGAGUCACUGCAGGCGCUACUUACGGCAUCGCGAGCACAACACGCUACGCCAACAGCAACGGAAAGCGGCAGUGGUGCUGCAGUCAGCAUGGCGAGCUCGUCACGCUCGGCAACGGUAUAUCAGUACACGUCACGCAGUUAUCCGGAUACAGGCCCAAUGCCGAGGACAUCUUGCACGGCGCUUGUACAACACUCAGUUACGUGAUCACACGCAGGCAGCUAUUACCAUUCAAGCUGCAUUCAGAGGCUUCACGGCUAGACAGAUGUACAGUAGACAGAUGCUAGACAGUAGACAGAUGUACAGUAGACAGAUGCUAGACAGUAGACAGAUGCUAGACAGUAGACGGUAUCAACAGGUUGUACUAUUGCAGGCUGCCUGUCGGGGUACUUUGCAGCGGCUGGCCCUCAACCGCUUCAUUCAGAGACGAGAGCGCUCAGCUUUGUUGAUUCAGGCUUGCUGGAAGGGAUAUGCUCAGUGGCGACGUUACACAACUCUGCAAUAUCUAGUGAUUCAAAUGCAGGCUCACUCUCGUGGGUUUGUUCAGCGACAGGAUUUCCGGUCAACUAUUCGAAAACGUGAAAAAGCGUCCAUUGUUCUUCAGGCAUCCUGGCGAAGGCACUCGGCGCAAGGGAAAUUCACAAAGACCCGUGACAUCAUUAGUAGAUUCCAAGGUGCAUGCCUGGGCUAUUUGCUACGACAGCAGAUCAGCUGGCAGUUGUCGCGUCGCAAGAAGUCUGCCGUGAAAAUACAAGCUUGUUACCGUGGAUACCAGCAACGCUGUGUGUAUUUGAAAAUGAAACCAUUGCGCGUAACUGCAAGUCAUGACAAUGACGGGGAUGAAGGUGAAGCACGGUCCGAAUCGCGAGCCCCUCCGAUUGUGGACUUACCUCCUGCCGAUGGUCUAGUAGCUGAGCCUUCUGAAGCCAGUGGUCCAUCACCGCGUACCGGUAAGCGUCUCGGUAGAACACGAGCACUGAAACGUCGCCCUGCACCUUCCGGGGAGCAGGCUGCUGACACAAGGGCAUCACCCGAGGUCUCCCGAGCAGCCAAGGCAGACGAUGAUGACCGUGUGUUCAGCUACAUGGAUGUACCGCAGACACCGACUCUCAGCCACCUGACCACCAACAGGGCUAAGAAUCCUCGGACACAUCGCCUGCCCUCGCGUGAGUUCCGUGUUCAGCAAGCUCAACGACAGGAUGAAGAAGAGGACGACACGGUCAAUGUGGCAUCAGCAGAGGACGAUCAGCAGCCUGGUGACAACACUUUAAUAGAUUCUGAUGACAAACCAUCAGAAAUCAUGUCUUCACCCACAGCCACUAGCAGUAAUGUAGAAAGAGCAUCAAAGUCGACACGGCCCGCAGGUGCCUUCGCCUUGCCUGGCAUGGUACCUAGUGUUCCAGUAGCAGCAGCAGCAGGUAACAAUCAUCAGCCUGCUACUCUAGGCAAGCCCAAACAUGGUGGAGUUCUGCUGCCCGGUAUGCCGGCUAUGGCCGACAUCACAGCAUCACCGCUCUUCAAGAGAAACGCUGCCGCUGAAGAACCUCAACGUGACGAUGCACAGGCAAAGAAGGCUCCCCCUGCAGCACCUAAGCCCAAGCCUAAGCCCAAGACACUAAAACAGCAGCCAUCGACCGAGAAUGAUGUACAGUGCGAGGAAACACCAUCAACUGACCAGGUAACCAGAUCACCAAUCAGCGCUGGUGACAGCAAGCAGGAUGAAAACACCGUGCAUGGAAUUGAAUCCUCAGCUAAGGACAAUGCAAAGGAGAAUAAUGAUACACCAAGGAAAGGUGGUGAUGGUCAAGAUGAUGAUCUUGAUACGAUGGGCUCUCCGCGCCUAUCGUCAUCCUCCGUGAGCCGGCAAGCUCGUGGCAGGAAGCUGGGUGGUCGCAGGCAACGGCCAAGUGUCUUGCGGCAAGGUGGAAACGGUCCGGAAAUGGCACACAUGACUGCUGGUGCUGGUACUGCUGCUGGUACUGGUGAUGGGGAAGAUGCCAUGGCUCAGAGUGUCACGGCAGCUACUGCCACAGCGAGUGGAAUUCAGGCAACAGAGGUAGAGGAAGCCGGUCAGAACAAAGCUGCCGAUGACAGUUCUCCUGUUGACAUAGAGAGCAGCAGCAAGACAGUGGAUGAGAAUGAAGAUGAUCAUGACGUCGUGCUGGAUCAACUGCAGCCAACACACUCUGUGAGUCAACACAACCGAGGCCGGAAGCUGGGAACACGCCGACAGAGGCAGAAGGGAGCUACCAAAGGAGGUGAUGCUAGCCCUCGGGCUGCACGUGAUGAUGGCGAAGAGAAGGCAGGUUUGGAUGCAGACACUGCUCCAGCAGUCUGCACUGCUGAUGCUGCUGUCCUGGAGACCACCAGUAGCAACAGCAACAGCAGUCAGAUUACCGAGUCAACCGAACCGGACACUUCACAGACUGGCAAUGCUAUGGCAAUCCGGCACGGCGACACUCCGGAGAUUGACAAUGCUAAUCAAGCUGAGAGUACCGUGAGUAGAGAAAGCACGGGUGAGAAUACGAGUGUGGAGACCAGUGUGGAGACUAGCGUGGAGGCUAGCGUGGAGGCCAGUGUGGAGACUAGUGAAAAGACGAACAGUGACAACGACGAGGAAGAAACGGACAAUGCGUCGGAGACGAAUAGCAAGUCCUUCUCCAAGAUGCGACGUCAGAAUGUACGCAGACGUCCACCAGGUCAAAGUGGCGUUGACCGCAGGCGGGUUGGCAGUGGCUCAGCUGCCACUGCUACUAGUGAUGCUGGACAUGAAUCAGGGCAUGCGCGGGCAGAGCAGGAUCAAGCAGAGACUACUGAAGACUCUGUUGCAUCUCUUCCAGAGUCGCAAACACAGCGCAGUGGAUCUAACGUGACGGGCAAGGAUGUGGAGUUACUGGAUCAAGCACGCAAGUCUGCACUGGCCAAAGCUCGAGCAAAGAAGGCUGCUCAGAAACUGACAGGAACAGGAACUGGUGCAGAUCCAAAGGAUACUGCUGGUGUAACAGACGGCACUGAAGCAGCUGUAGGGAGCAGCCAGCAAUCAGGGGAGAGACAUUCCUCCGUGUCUUCCACCGGCUCACGGUCAUCGAGUUCUAGUCGUUCGGGCUCUCUGUCCAGGAGCUCAUCACGAUCACGUCUGUCAUCUCUACUUCAGAAGAGGAAAUCAGCAGCAGCAGUGGGAGAAGAGGUGGGCGCUAUCAGCAUCAGUCUCAAGCUAACAGCACCCAAGACAUCCAAGAGUGCGCAAUUGUCUCUGGAGAUUCUCGUCAAGGGAGUGGCGGAUCUGCAAGUUGAUCCUCCUCCGGAUACGUAUGUCAAAAGUUAUCUCCUGCCAGACACGAAAACAAAAUCCAAGACCGCAGUGUGUUCAUCGUCUUCCAGCCCAAGUUGGAAUGAGACAUUGGUGUUCUCCAAGGUAUCGUUGGCUGAUCUGUCCAAGUCAGUGCUGGAGGUGACGCUGUGUUCGCAUUCACGUCUAGGGCGAUCCGACACCCUGGCUGGUGUUCGCAUCGGAUUCACGCCAGCAGGGGUGUCUGACAGCAGCACAAAGUCAGUCGCUUGGCGGGACUGCACCGAGGAGGA